AUGGCCGACGACUCCAGAGACAGCGAUGCGCAAAUUCCACAGCGGCCAAAAGGCCCAGCGAACAUCAUGCCCGGCGGAACCGCACACACAGCAGGAGGGACGCCCGCGGACCACGAGCCGACAUAUUUCGAAGUCGUGAAGAACCUAGGGCCGGAUUACUAUUUGAAUUUCCACAGGCGGCCAUGCGUACGGGACAGCCAGCUGGUUGGCAUAGGGGCAGGGUUCGCGGGUGGUAGUCUUGCGGCCAUAUUAAGGAGACCUGUAAUGCAAUGUUGUCACGUCGCGGUGUUCAGUUGGCUCGGUGUAUCAUGCGCUUCAUAUCAAUAUUGUCAAUACUACCGCAGCAAGGAGAAGGAGGGGAUCCGGCAAGCAAAAGAGCUCAUGGAGAGGAAACGUGCAUCGAUCGAAGCGAAAAAGGAGGCGCGGAGAAAGGCGAGAGAAGAGCAGGAAAGAUUAGAGGAAGAGCGGAGAAAAGAGGAGGAGCGGCGAAGAUCGUGGAGUCACUGGUUCAGUAAGAAUGUGAGGUUUUGGUAG